AUGGAGGACUGCUGCGUGGUGUGCGCCGAGCCGCUUCGCUGGGUGGCCAUCGGCCCGUGCCGCCAUCGCGACGUGUGCUCCAUGUGCGUCGCGCGCCUGCGCAUCGUCAUGAACGACCGUCGCUGCUGCAUAUGCAAGCAAGACUGCCCCGCGGUCGUCGUCACCAAGGCUCUCGGCGAGUACACGCGCUGCUCCUACGACUUUUCGAUCCUGCCCGGCGCCGUGAAGAAGCCCGGGUUAUCGGGAGGCGAUUUCUGGUACGAGCCGACUAUGCACGCGUAUUUCGACGACGAGGACCACUUUAAAACCAUGGCCGCCUUGACCCGCCUCGCGUGCCGCGUCUGCCAAGGCGACGCGCCGCCUUCCGCCAUGGACGCCGCUGCCGCCGCCGCCGCCACCGCCGCCAGCGCUCGUGCUGAUGCGGCAGCCGCUGAGGCCACGUCGGGUGGCGCGGGGGAAGGUUCCGGUCGGGGUGAUGGGGCGGGGGGAAGGGGCGGAAACGGCGGGAAGGGGAGAGGAGGAAAAGGGGGAGGCCGUGGGGGAAAGAUGCUGAAGGGUUCUGUCCCGCAGGAAUUUUCUUUCACGCACGUCAAUUCGUUAAAGGCGCACCUGCAACAGUCACAUCGGCUGGGCAUGUGCGAUUUGUGCCUGGAGGGUCGCAAGGUGUUCGUGUGCGAGCAGCGGCUGGCGCAUCCCGGCAGCUAUGAGUACUUCCGAUCAUAUGAUGACCUCGAGGCGCACUUCCGCCAGGAGCACCACCUGUGCGAGGACCGCGAGUGCCUGGAGAAGAAGUUUGUGGUCUUCAGCUCCGACCUGGAGCUCAAGCGCCACAUAGCCCAGAUGCACGCGGGCAACAUGAAGCGCGCCGAGCGCAACCGCGUGCUGCAGAUCCCAGCAUCUCAACUAUUCAACUUCCACACGCCGCGCACCAACUCCGAAGGACCGGGCUCAGAACCCUUCUCUGCAUCCCGCCCCCACAUGCCCCUGCUCGCACACGGCCAGGGGGGCAGGGGCGGAGCAGCGGGCGGAGGCAGGGGGGGAAGAGGCCGAGGCGGAGGUCGAGGGGGAAGGCGAGGGGGAGGGGGAGUGAGUGAUGGGGAUGCGAUGACAGCGAGUAUAGAGCUUGCAAUGGUGGAUGCAGCACUGAGGGAAUCCGCUGCUGCUGCUGCGGCUGAGCGAGGGGGGCGUGGAGGGAGUGAGAGUAGAGUCGAAGCCUUCCCGUCUCUCUCCUCCAGUGUGCCUGGUACCAGUGCGGAUGGAACUGGUCCGGGCGGCAGCAGCGGCAGCGGUGGUGGAGGUGGUGGUGGUAGUGCCGGUGCUGCAUAUGUGGACAGGGCGCAUGCAGGUGCUACGCCAGGGGCUGUGGUGGAUGCGUUGUUUCCGCCGCUCCCCAAUGCCGCUGGCACUGGGAAGAAGAAGAGCAAGGGGAGAGCAUGGGCGGCCGGGGGAGGGGCAGCGGGAGGCACGUCAACCGGCGCAGGCAGCAGCAGCAGCAGCAGCAGCGGCAGCAGAGGGAGUGCAACAGCAGGUGCGGGAGGAGGAGCAGGUGGAGCAGGUGGGGCGACAAUGGCUGCUGUUCUCAUGGCUGAUGCAGGCUGGAGCAGUGUCACUAACCAGGGCUUGGCAGGGGGAGGAGGGGGGAGGAAAGGGGGUAGAGGGAAGAAGGGAACUGGGUGGACAGGGUUGCCUGCAAGGGGGGCAAGGGGCGGCAUUCAAGUCCUCAAUGCCGCCGGACCUAUUGGUCGCCAAGCCAAUACGGGAGGCUCGGGGGUGUGGCGGAGCGUUGGGGAUGGGGGUGGUGAUGGAAGAAGUGGUGGUGGUGGCGGUGGUGGUGGCGGAUAUGGGGAUGGGGGGAGUGGGGAUGGAUGGGCCAUGGUGGGUGUGAGUGGGAGGGAGCAUGGCGGUAGAGUGGGGAUUGGAGUGGGUGGCAGUGACAGUGGUUUGGCUGUGACCCCCUCUGCUUUCUCUCUCCUGUCUGCUGCAGGCCAGGAGGAGAGUGAGGAAGAGAGUGAGGGGGGGAGUGAGGGGGAGGGUGAGGAAGAAGGGCUUAAUGGCAGUACUAAUCUAUCAUCUUUUCCUGGACGGGCAGAACAGUCACGAUCAGCAGGAGCAGCACCCGCGGCAGCGGCAUGUAAGGAGAAUGGUUAUUCAGGAAAGGAGGAUCAGGAGGAGGAGGAUGAGAGCAAGCGGGACGGGCAGCAGCAGCUAGACGAAGCAGAGUUCCGCGCUGCAAACCGGGCGGUGAUAGAGGAGAUCAGGUCUACCUUUGGAGGUGACAAGAGCAAGUUUGAGGACUUUAAGGAUAAGUCGGUGCAGUUUAAGUCGGGGAAGAUGGCGACUGUGGUGUUUUAUGCGCACCUGUGCCGCUUGGGGAUUGGUCAUGUGGUGCCUCAGCUCGCCCGGCUGUGCCCGGAUGCGAGGAAGAGAGAGGAAAUGCUGCAGGCGCAUGCACAGAAAGAGGCGAUGAUGAGAGGGAUGGCUGGUGGUGCUGCUGGUGGUGCUGGUGGUGCAGGGGGGGCAAAGCAAGGGAAGAAAGCUUCGUUUUCCUCUUCCUCCUCCUCUUCCUCUUCUUCCUCUUCUUCCUCUUCCUCCUCAUCUUCUGCCCCUUCCAUGCCCUCGCUGGCUAGCCAUGCUACGCUGAACACUGCUUCUGCAGAGGGUAGCACCAAGCCCGCUGCUGACCAAUCAGAGAGCGACAGCUGGGCGUGUGGCAUCUGUACGCUCAUCAAUGAACCGAUUGUUCUCUGCUGCGCUGCGUGUGGGUCUGCCAAUCCGAGAGCUUGCAAGGGAGCUCCAGCAGGAAAAGGAGCAGGAGGUGUGGGUAGUGGGCAGAGGAGCAAGGGUCGUAAGAACAAGGGUAUAACGGUGAGGAUGGGUGACGGCUCUGCGGCUGCUCUCCUGGGCCCGCUGAAUGGAAGGGAAGCAGAAGCACCACCACGUAGCUGGGCUGCUGCUGCAGGUGGAGGCGGAGGUGGUGGUGGAGGCACAUCAGGAGCUCGAGGUCCCUGGGUUGCUGUGCAAGCCGUGGCGUGCGUUUCUGCUAGCGUUUUCGAAGUUGCAAGCUACUAG